GCCCAAACUCAAAAGCAGUAACCAGAACUCUUUCGCGGGCUAACGUUCGGACAUGGACUCCUCAAGAGACGACGACGGAGCAUGGAAGCAAGGUGAUUCAGGAGUUUCAUUUCCUGAGCUUCUCAACUUUGCCAGUAGAGCUCAGUCCUUAAUUUCGGAAGUUUUACUCUUAUCUGGCCGAAUCCCUAAUGAAUUUCGCGAUCGCCGCUAUGAUCCCGUGCUCUUCGAUCUUAGGUAUUUUGAUUCUCCGGAUGAGUUUGAGUCGAGAAUUGUUGGAAAUGCAGAACUGGAGGAGCUCGAAGAUCAGCUUCGCGAGUCUUGUUCUGAGUUUAUGCACAGGUUUUUUCUUCUGGCGAAUGGCAUUGUGAUUUACCACCAGGGGUUACUCAAAUACCUAGACGAAAUACAGGAAGGAGCAUAUCCACAAAGUGCCCUGGAGAGAGUAAUAGAGAAUGAGAAGGGACGCCAGUUGCUCACAGAAUCGUUAGCUCUGUUUGGGUGUAUACUUCUGCUUCUGGAACAUCACAUGGGUGGCUUCUUACGGGAAAAGCUGCUUGUUGCACAUGUCCGUUACGAUUGUUGUUUCAAUGCUCCUAAUAUUCAACAAAUUUGUUUGCUAUCUCGUAUGCACCCGUUGAAACCAGUUAGACAUCGUCAAAUUCAUUAUUCUCCUUCAAGCUCUACCAUGGUCUUAGUGCAGAAUCCUGAAGAACUUCUUAUGAAAUUUCCUUUCCCUAAACAGGUUGUGGAUUCCAUUAUUAGUCUUCUGAGAGAUUGUGAUUUGUAUAAUAGGGUCCGCCACUAUCCUGAUCCUGAACACCGGACUGUGGCAUUGUCUUCACAGGCAGGAUGGCUUUAUGUUCUGUUAUUCUAUUCUCCAGAGUUUCUUCAUAAUGGAAUUGUGAUGCGGGAAAUUGUAGAUCGGUUCUUUAAAGAUUCCUGGGUGGUUCCACUGUUUAUGUAUUUUAUAGUGGAUUUGUCAUUGUCAUGGGAUGCAUAUAAAGCUGCAAAAACAUCACUGUCUUUAUGUCUUUCCUCAUCAUUUAUUCGUGAUCUCUGUCAUCUUCAUUGUGCAAAGGUUAAGGAUCUCAUGUCUGAGUUAAGUUCACUUCUCUCAGAUGGUGUACUAAGCAGGGGCUAUGUGUUGAAUAACUUCCAGUCUCUUCUUUCCUUUGUUAGAAAUUGCAAUGUUUCAUUCCGCUGGCUGUUGCUCCAUUUAUCUAGCAAUGAUAAAAAGGUAAGGGAAAUAGUUAUUUCCCUGGGAACUGCUCAUCAGUUAGAAGAAGAUACCCCAUUACUGUUUCUGUUAAACAUCUCCAGGUUUGAGUUUGAGGUGAAAGAACUCUAUACAGAGCUUUUGGAAGACAAGGGAGCUCUCUGGAAAGAGAGUGCAAAUCAUGCUUCUACAGUUAUGCAAGAAUUAUCCGAGUACUUUUCUGGGGCUUGGGCAUCAUUAUGGAAGAUGGAAGGUGAAAGUCUGAAGGACUGGUUUAAGAAUUUAUCUUUAGAGAUUUGCUCAAUGGAAUAUACAAAAUUUGGAACUGUUGGAAGGAAACUGUAUCAUAUGAUUUCUAAAUUUAAAGAAAUUGAACAAUUUUAUGAGGUUAAGGAAAACUUGCAAAUUAAGCAACAUAUUUUGGGAAUUCAGAAAUACCUGCAGGAUAUGCUUCAAGCCCUCAAUUUACACCACGAUGCUCUUUCAACCUUUUCUGUGAUAACUGAUGCUGUCUUUGCAUGGGGAUUUAUUGAAGAUUUUACUAAACAGUUGCACAAGAAAAUUCAGCAAGAUCCAUUCAUUGUGCUCAAUCUGCAUUCUUUUUUUCUCAAAUUUCAAUCACUGCUACAUGCACCACUAGUCCGAAUAUCAGAAAACUGCAGUCCAGAUGAAACAGUUGUCUCUGCUUAUUACUCCUUGGAGUAUGUGGAACAUAUAUGUGCAAUAUUGGAGAUCAUACCUGUGAUGCUGUUUAGAAUACUUGAUGAUAGUGUAACAUUCACUGUACAACCAUUUCACCAACUGAACCGAAUAGAAAGGGAUAAUCUUCAAGAUUUUAUGCAGGUAGAUCAACAAUUUCAUUUAACAGAGACAUUCAAUCAGAUAUCCAUUUACUCACAGGGGAUACUGGCCAUGUCUAGAAAUCUUCAUAAUCUCAUUCAUCUGGAUGUGAAGAGUUGGAUUGAGGGGAAAAUGCAGGAGGGGCUUUUCAAACAAUUUGGAAGCCGGCUGAAUUCUUUUUUCAUGUCUCCUAGUGUUGGAUUGGAAGAACUAGAAAUGAAAAUGAAGAAGUUGACAACAAAUAUCCUUUCACAGUUGCAUCUAAUGGAGUGUUUUCAGGAUCUAAUUCAUUCACGUGUGACUCAUAUUUGGGAGGAAGCAUAUGCCCAGUUUUUGAGAUAUUGUGUACAGAUUGAAUGUGAUAAUUAUUCUAGUCAAAGAAAUCCAGAGUCAAUGGUUGCAUGCGUGCAAGUGGACUCAAAUGCACAAACAUUUUUGGGGCAGAUAUUGCAUCAAAUAAUUAAACAGACAAACCCUUCUUCGUCAAUGUAUUUGGAACCUAUGAGUGGCUGGUUUGAUGCAGCAGGAAAUGAAUUGCUAGGUUUGCGUUUCUUUGAUAUACUGGAGUCAUGUAUAGGACCUCUUGGAAUGGCCAGCUUGGAUUCUGUAUUAGCUUUCGUUAUUCUGAAGAAGUUAGAACAUGCAUUAAAAAUUUUAAGAAGCCUGUUAGAUGCAAGAUGCUUGGGAGAGUUACGGAUGCUGGAUAGUGCUUUGGGUCCUCCUAGUUCUCUACCUUUAUUGAGGUGGUCUUCUUACAAGAAGAUGGCCAAAUUUGUUGAAACAUUAUGGGAACCAUGGGUUGAGUCUCUUGCCUGUAUUGGACAACUGCAGAUAUUGAGAUGUCUAAUUACAUUGAAGUUGAAAUCAGCAUGUAAGGUGAAAGCAAGUUUAAUUUCUUCAGCAGUAGGCAGUAUGAUUGCUUCAGUUUCCUCUCAAAGAGAAAAACUCAAGGGCAUCAAAAAGGAGAAUGAUGGAAUGGGAGAACUCUUCCUCCAUGAACUGAGCAAGCAAGGAAUGCUCUGUGGCUUUUGCUUACCUCUUCAAAGCCUUUAUAUUUCAGAAGACCCUCCUGAUUUUCUAAGCAGAUGUGCAUUUGUUGUGACAAUCUCACAGUUGCCUCGUUAUAUACUAGAUACUCAUUUGAAUACAUUAACAAGCCGAAUGAAGAAAGUCUCGUUAGACUUUUCUCCUCUGGCUAUAGGACUUGGUACAUUCCUUAGGCAGUUUCAUCCUAGUUAUUUGAUUCAGUAUGCUCAGUACAUGGGCCAGUAUGUACGAAUAACAGCAGAAGAUGCUUUUGGGGUGACAAAUGAAUCUCAGAAACGAUCCACUGAGUCAACACAGGAGAUAUUGAAAUCAGCAUUUUGGCUUAUGUAUUUUUGCAACCAUAUGGAGCUUCCAAAAGAUAUAUUAGAUGAAUGCAUUCCGCCUGGUUUGUUGGCUGCUCUUCAAGUUUGAUUAAGCAGAAUUUGGUGUAGAGAAUCAUGGUAUCUAUCAUUUGAAUGGAAUUCUUUACCUUGUGGCUCUACCGUGGAAAUAAAAAGAUAGAAAACCUGCGAUUUCAUUGGAAGGUAUGUACUAUAUCUGUUUAUCUCUUUACAAGUGCUUUAGUAGUCAAAAUAUAUAGCAGCAAAGCAAAUCUAAUGGCCAAAUGGAAAUGAGUGUCACGCAAGACAGAUAUCUCUUUGGCCAAAAUCCAAACUAAAAAAAUGCCAAGAAAAUGAUUUUAAGGUUUUAUAUAAUUUUUUCAACCAGUCAAUGCAGCACUUUUCAAGCUAUGCCUCCUGGUUAUUUUUUAUUGAGGCAAUUAUUUUUUAAUGGAGGAGAGACGUUUUUUGUUUUCUUUUUCUUUGCCUUAUUCUUUAUUUCAAGGUGGAAAAUAUACCUGGAGUUCAACUAUAUAACUGAUUUUACAUUUGCCAAAAAGUCUAUGUAACUGAAUUUUUGCUAUUUAGUUCAAGAAAGAAAACAUGGAAUAACAUGAUAAUUUGAAAUAAA